AUGGCUCCUCUCACUAAGAGUCAAGCUCCUCACCAGCUCCGAUACAAGACCGAGCAACGCGAAGUCCUCCACUGGAUGUUCAAAACUGCUUCCAGCCUUCGCAAAAAUGAUUCUUCCUCCACAGUGGACGCGAUUCUGGAAAGCCCAGCAUUAGAGCCCACAUGCAUAGACAUUCAGACACUCGCGACUUUCAUCGGGGAACGCCUCCACCCGGUCCCAGACAAGAUCCUGAGAAGCUUUGACAGGGUCAUUACCGACAGAAAAGAUACCUGCCGCGACUACGAAAGAUCAACGGCCAACAACACCGACCCGCUCAUCAAGCAGCAUAACAAUAUGCAUCGGCGGUGGGUGGUGGGCCUUGCAAUCGCUUUCGACUCACUUGGAGGAAAAGAAUGGCGCGCCAGGCAGGGAGUUUCAUCUGUCAUAUCCAAGACAGGUUUUGAAGAAUAUCUUUUCACCAAUCGGUUCUCAGCUCUGGAUCUAGAUGAAGCAUUUGAGGAAGGAAAUCACUGCUCCUCAGCAACUCAGAACAGUCUCGCCACUACCUCAAGUGGUAAAUCAUGUGCCUCGAAAAGUGAUGUCCAAAUAGGUUCAACAAGUCAAAGUCUGUCAAGACCAAGAAACCAAGGCAGUAUCGACAAUGAAGAUGAGGGGCCCAGGCUUUGGUGA